CACACAGUCACUCUCAUUCCUCACCACUUGAGAGAGAGAGAGAGAGAGAGAGAGAGAGGACUUUAGGUGUUUGUUUCAUUGUGGGACAAAAAUUAGUCGACUUCUCUUGAUUCUCUUCUUUAGCACUGUUCUGUUUUCAAUCCCCCAAAUCGAAUCUGGGUACUACUAAAAAAAAAAUCCAUUUUUUGAUCUGGGUAUUCCUAAAGUUGAUCUUUUUUGGAAUCGUUUUAGAGCAUUACUUCAAAAGUUGUAGAAUUUUGGGUUGUUCUCUGAAGAAGUAUGGAUUCUUGCUGUCCAGCCAUGAAGCUGAACAACUGUUCGAGUCCCUUUGGUCUGAACAAAAAUGUUGUUUCUGAGAGAGUUAGUGCCUUCUGGGGAACCCAAGUUGUCAAGGCCAGUAAUCUGAGGACACACGAAAUCAGGAGUGGACCUCAGAAGAUUCAGAAAAACCUCAUUCGCUCCGUUCUCACUCCAUUUGUUGAUCAAGAGUCUAAUGAACCUCUGUUGAGAACUCAAGAUGCCGACCCAAAGAAUGUAGCAUCUAUCAUACUAGGUGGCGGUGCUGGGACUCGCCUCUUUCCUCUUACAAGCAAGAGAGCUAAACCUGCGGUGCCAAUUGGAGGGUGUUACAGGCUGAUAGAUAUACCGAUGAGCAAUUGCAUCAACAGUGGUAUUAGAAAGAUCUUCAUCUUAACUCAGUUCAACUCCUUCUCUCUCAAUCGCCACCUUUCUCGGACUUACAACUUUGGCAAUGGAGUCAAUUUCGGUGAUGGAUUUGUUGAGGUUCUUGCUGCCACCCAAACUUCUGGAGAUGCAGGAAAGAAGUGGUUUCAGGGAACUGCUGAUGCCGUUAGGCAAUUUAUAUGGGUCUUCGAGGAUGCCAAGACAAAGAAUGUGGAACAUGUCUUGAUCUUGUCUGGGGAUCAUCUCUAUCGGAUGGAUUACAUGAACUUUGUGCAGAAGCACAUUGAGUCAAAUGCUGAUAUCACAGUUUCUUGUCUUCCCAUGGAUGAGAGCCGUGCUUCGGAUUUUGGUCUGCUUAAAAUUGACCAGUCUGGGAAAAUUGUUCAGUUCUCAGAAAAACCAAAGGGAGAUGACUUAAAGGCAAUGCAAGUUGACACUUCAAUUCUUGGGUUACCACCAAAGGAAGCUGCAGAGUCCCCAUACAUUGCAUCAAUGGGUGUUUACGUUUUUAGAAAAGAGGUGUUGCUAAAGCUUCUAAGAUCGAGCUAUCCUACAUCCAAUGACUUUGGUUCUGAAAUUAUCCCGUUGGCAGUAAAGGAGCACAAUGUCCAGGCAUUUUUGUUCAAUGACUAUUGGGAGGAUAUUGGAACCAUAGGAUCAUUCUUUGAUGCUAAUUUGGCCCUCACAGAACAGCCUCCUAAAUUCCAGUUUUACGACCCAAAAACACCCUUCUUCACUUCUCCAAGAUUCUUGCCACCUACCAAAGUUGAUAAAUGCAGGAUACUUGACUCUAUAGUCUCACAUGGAUGCUUCUUGAGAGAAUGCAGUGUGCAGCACUCUAUUGUGGGCAUACGUUCACGUAUAGAGUCUGGAGUAGAGCUUCAGGAUACAAUGAUGAUGGGAGCUGAUUUCUACCAAACAGAAGCUGAAAUCGCGUCUCUGCUGGCUGAAGGGAAAGUUCCUAUAGGCGUUGGCCAGAACACCAAAAUCAGGAACUGUAUCAUCGACAAGAACGCCAAGAUCGGGAAGAACGUGGUCAUAGCGAAUGCAGAUGGGGUGGAAGAAGGAGAUAGGCCAGAGGAAGGGUUUCACAUAAGGUCAGGCAUCACCGUUGUGCUGAAGAACGCCACCAUUAGAGAUGGUCUGCAAAUUUAGUUUCUAACCUCUCUUUAACUACACUGCUUGCAUUUUGUGAUUUUGUAACGGGAUAAGUUACGUUUCAUCAAGAAUUUUAAUAAAAAAAGAGCAAGUAAUGUGGAGCUGCACUUGAAUCAA